GUGAAAUCAAUGGAAAAGUCUUGCAAUUGUGAUCGUCGAUCUUUCCUAGUUCUUCUUCUCCAUCUUCUUCCACUGUUCCUCUCUUCUCUUUCAGCUCCGGCAGAACCAACACAGCCGCCAUCCCACGACGAGCAGUCCCAAAUCAUAUCGAGAUUCCAACAAUACCUUCAAAUCGACACAACCCAACCUUCCCCAGACUACCAAACCUCAACCCGAUUUAUCAUAUCCCAAGCCGAGUCUCUCUCUUUACAAUCCCGAGUGAUAGAAUUCGUCGAAGCCAAACCAGUCGUUCUCCUCAAGUGGCCAGGCUCCGACCCUUCUCUGCCCUCCGUCCUUUUAAACUCCCACACCGAUGUGGUCGCGUUUGAGGAUUCGAAGUGGACCCAUCCGCCCCUCGCGGGUUACGUGGAUGAAAGAGGCAACGUAUUUGGUAGAGGCUCACAGGAUAUGAAAUGCGUUGGGAUGUAGUACCUGGAGGCUGUCCGAAGGUUGAAGGUUUCUGGGUUUCGCCCAAAACGGUCUCUUUACUUGUCGUUUGUGCCUGAUGAAGAGAUUGGUGGAAAUGAUGGUGCUAAGAAACUUGCUUACUCUGAUGUUUUCAGGGAUAUGAAUGUUGGAAUUGUGCUUGAUGAAGGGCUUCCUUCUCAGAAUGAAAACUAUAGGCUAUUCUAUGCCGAGAAGGCUCCGUGGUGGCUGAUGAUAAAGAGUAAUGGAGCUCCAGGACAUGGGGCAAAGCUCUAUGACAAUAGUGCAAUGGAGAACCUUUUCAAGAGCAUUGAGACCAUCAGGAGGUUCCGGGCUUCGCAGUUCGAUUUGCUUAAGGCUGGUUUGAAGUCCGAAGGGGAAGUCGUUUCGGUUAACAUGGUUUUUCUGAAGGCCGGCACCCCCUCUCCCACGGGUUUUGUCAUGAAUUUGCAGCCAUCUGAAGCAGAAGCUGGUUUUGAUAUUUGAGUGCCGCCAACGGCUGACAUAGAAUCCUUGGAGAAACGGAUAGCGGAGGAGUGGGCACCUGCUUCAAGAAACAUGACAUUCGAGUUUAAGCAAAAAGCUACUUCACAUGAUGAUCUGGGAAGGCCUCUUGUAACUGCCACUGAUAGUUCUAAUCCAUGGUGGAUUCUAAUGGAAGAAGCUAUCAAGAAAGCUAAUGGAAAGAUCGGGAAGCCAGAGAUUUUCUCCGGUGCAACAGAUGCUCGCUAUUUCCAGCAACUAGGCCUUCCAGCUAUCGGUUUCCAACCGAUGGCCAACACUCCAUUUCUGCUUCACGACCACAAUGAGUUUCUAAACAAAAAAGAGUACUUGAGAGGAAUCGAAGUCUACGAGUCUAUAAUUAAAGCUUAUACAUCAUAUGUCCCACCUGGAAGAGAUGGAGUUUCGAGAGACGAAUUGUAAAGGGACUGAAAAGGCACAUCUUCAUGCUCAAGGGGUAGCUCUCAGCUUCCCUCUCUUCCUUUUUUGUACCAUUCGGUCGCUGAGGUUCAGCAUGUUCCUGGUAAUGUAUCAAUAAAGGAAGCAGUUUAACCACCUAUCUGUGCUGAAGAGAGCUGGCUCAUCAUGUAACUUCAUGGAUUAUCAUGUAAC